GACAGUCGCGCGGAGAGCCCCGCAGUGUUUAGACGUGUUGGAGUCUACAACGACGCAAUCGAAAAUGCCCAAGUCAAAUAGAAUCCAGCAAAUCGUCAAAUUAGGUCAAGAAGGCCGAGUACCCUUACCAUUUUCAAAUAAUGAAGGUAUUGUGCAAACAGUUACAAAUAGUAAUGUUAUGAAGCCUAUAACAGACCAACUGACCAAAGAAGACAACUCAACCCUUAAACGUAAACGUUCUUCAUCAUUGUCUUCUACUGGAAAUGAUUCGUCAUCUACAACAUCAAGUGACAGUACCCAUAAGUCGUCGAUAAAAAAAUCAUUACCUAUCUCUGUUGAUGCAUUAAGACAUGUUCAGAACAGCGAUUACACUGCCUUAGGCAUGAUGUCUGUUGGAAAUGACCGUGAUAACGCAAGCUCACCUUCUUUGCUUGGUGUCACUCAUGAACUCUUUGUGGAUAAAGAAAACCAUCCUCCUCUUUCUGACAACGAACAUAUAUCUGGUGUCGACUUUUCACCUGAUAAUAGUGAUGAUGAAUACCAGCCACCUCGACCGCGUUCUGUAUCUCUCAGUUCAACUUCUGACAGACCAUCUUCUACCUCGAGUUCAGAAAGACCAAAAAAGGGGAAGAAGCGUAAUAGAAAUCCACAGAAGUGGAAAAAAAAUGUAUUAAAAAGGAUAAAAAACUCAGGGAAGGAGUAUAUUUCGCGAUCAGGAAAAAAAGUCGAUGCAAAGGUAAUGAAACCUCCAUGUAAUUGUAGAUUGCAAUGUCGUACGAAAUUUAGUGAUGAGAUGAGAAAAGAAAUAUUUGAAAGUUACUGGAAUUUGGCGUCACUUCAACGGCAAAGAGAUUUUUUGUGGUCAUGUGUACAACUUUCAAAUAUUUCAUGCCGUCGCGUUAAGAAUGUUGAAAAGCCCAGAAAACCUAAUUGUUCAUUUUCAUUUCUCAAAAAUGGUCAAAGCAUAAAAAUUUGUAAAAGGUUCUUAGUGAAUACUUUAGAUAUAAGUGAAAGGACUCUUCGAACAGUUAUUGAGGCAUUACAGUCUAGUUCCAGCAUGGCACCAGUAGACAAUAGAGGUAAACAUAAGAAUCGUAAAACAACUGACCCAGAAAUUUUGCUAUCUAUUGAAAAUCAUAUUAAUUCAAUUCCGCGAAUUGAAUCUCAUUAUUUAAGAGCAAAUACCUCUAGAGAAUUCAUAGAUGGAGGUUUAACGAUCGCUGAAAUGCAUCGCAAUUACGUAGAACAGCGUGUUCAGCUAAAUAAAGAAGCUGCUAGUUACGAUACUUACGCGUACGUUUUUAACACAAAAUUUAAUAUUUCUUUCUUCGUGCCAAAAAAGGAUCAGUGCGAUCUCUGUAUGUCCUUUCAAAAUGCUGUUGGUGAAGAAAAAGACAAACUACUUCCAGAAUAUAAUUCUCAUCAAAAAGAAAAACAACUAAGUCGCGAAGAAAAGUCAAAGGAUAUAAAGAUCUGCAAAGAACCUGACAGUAACACUUUAGUUGCUAUAUAUGACUUGCAAGCAGUAAUGCCGGUGCCAUUAGGAGAAUCAUCUGCAUUUUUUUACAAAUCAAAAUUAAAUUGUUUGAACUUCACUGUGACGGAUGUGAAGAGUAAAAGUACUGAUUGUUAUUUUUGGCACGAAGGACUCGGUAACCGCGGCGCAGUAGAAAUUGGGACUUGUAUUUUUAAAUUUUUAGAAAAGAUCGCUCUGGAAAGUCCUAGCAUGGAUAUUGUGUUUUAUUCGGACAACUGCUGCGGCCAACAAAAGAACCGUUUCAUAUUUAGCAUGUAUGCAUAUGCAGUAAAAACGUUGCCAAUAAAAUCAAUAACCCACAAAUUCUUAGUCCGGGGACAUACUCAAAACGAAGGGGAUAAUGCACAUUCUAUCAUAGAAAGGGCUAUAAAAAGUGCAAAAAAAUCUGGUCCAAUUUACGUACCCGAUCAAUACGUACAAAUAAUUAGAAAUGCUAGAAAAAAGGGAAAUCCUUACCUCGUUCACGAAAUGGAUUACACGGACUUUUACGACUGGAAAGCAUUAACUGAUGAUUUAGGUGUAAAUUUUAAUAAAAACCUGGAUGGCGAUAUCAUCAAACUGUCAGAAAUCCGAGUCAUUAAAUUUGAGAAAGGAUCUAAUGUUUAUAUAUACAAAACAUCUUACGACAAAGAAGCACAAUGGUCCCAAUGCGAUAUUCAUUCAUCUAAAAGACGCAACCAAAGACACCCAUCCAGCAAUAUUACUCUGAAAAAAGCGUAUAAUGCUCGCAUUUGUAUUUCCGAACGCAAAAAAGAAGAUUUGAGGCAUUUGAUUAACACUAAUAUAAUACCUAAAUACUAUGAGGCAUUUUAUCAAUCUAUUUUUUAAUACAGCUACAGAUUCCAAAUCUUUUAAACUCCUAAAAAUAAUAAAACAAUAUUUUAGACUGUAACGCCAUCAAAUAUGCGCAAAGAGAAAAGAUUAUUUAUAUAUAUAUUUAUAUACUAUUUAAACUGUUACUGUUUUUAUGAAUAAGGAGGUUUAAGUUAUUUUGCUAUAAUUUAAAAUAUUUUAUUUUUCUUUUUAAUGUUUAUUUCAUUUAAGGUAAAAUUGUUUAGACUGUUUUAAAGAAAUUACAAUACUAUUAAUAUUGUACGUAAUUUUGAUCUCUUACUUAAUUUUGUUAAUUUUAGAAAAGAAAAAUAUACUAACAAAAAAAGAUUUAUCUGACACUCCAAAAAAAAAACUGUUAUGCUGUUUUAAUCAUGUUUUAACUAUUCUAUCUCCUAUAUGGUUCUGAAGAGUGUAAUUUCGUUCAUUUGAUAGGUAUUAUUAGACUGUACCUUUUUUAUCUCUGUACUUAAUUUUGUUAAGUUUAAAUAAAUAUUUUUGUGAUUGUAAAAAAUAAAGAUUUACGUGAAACUUUUUAAUAACUGACUUGUAAGCAAGUGUUGUAUUAAUAAUAUUUAACUAUUAUAUUGUAUUCUUUUGAAGAGGAAAGUUUAAUUUCAUUGAUAAGUAAUUUUGUUUGAUCUCUUAAUUUUGUUAAGUUUAUAAAUAAAAUUUUUAUGGUAAAAAGAAAAGAUUUAAUAAAAGUUUUUACAAGAAAUUGUGUAAUAAAUAAUUCUGAUAGCAAGCAUAUUAUGCUUGUGUUCUAAUAUUGCUUGAAUACAAUAAUUUGUAUUAAA